AUGUCAUCUGACUCUUCAAAAACAAAUGAAAUGGGCGAUUCGAAUUUGACAAAUUUGUCACGCCGUGAUACAACACAAAUGGGCGAUCAUGUUGAUUCCAAAACUGCUCAAGGAAGAUCGUGUGACGCUAGUCAUUCUUCAACAAAUACAGCGAACAGUGAUUUUUACAAAGGUAACAAGGAUCCACAAACAAUCGAGAAAGUGAAACAAAACAUGGAACAACAGCAGGAUCCAUCCUCGAAGAAACCCGAAGAAAAGAAAUAA